AUGCUGUUCAGGUCCAGAUAUCCCGAUAUUGAAUAUCCAACGGAUUUGACAGUAUGGGAAUGGGCUUUCGACGACGCAAGGUACUCGCCACUAUUUAACUUUCCACCCAACGAGAUCGCUGGCUUCACCAAUGCUGCCACACAGGAGCGGCUGGACUUCCUCCAAGUGAAGGAGCAUGCGACUCAUCUAUGUACAGCCUUGGUCAAAAGAUAUGGCUUGCAAGAGACAGAUACGGUCUCACUGUUUAGCCAGAAUACGAUAUGGUAUCCAGUAGCUAUGUUCGCUGUCUUGAGAGCAGGUGGAAGAGUCAACGGCGCAUCUCCUGCGUAUAACCCAGAUGAGAUGACAGGUGCUCUCAAGACGGCAGAAACCAAGUAUAUCAUGACAGUGCCCGGCUCCAUCAAAGUUGCCCUUGCAGCUGCAAAGGAAGCCAGGAUCCCCAAUGAGCGCAUCUUCUUAUUAGAAGGGGAGCUCGAGGGCUACACUACGAUGAAGCAGCUGUUAGAAAUUGGCGAGAGUUACGGCAAAGACGGGCAGAGCCCCGCCUAUCGCAUCCCAAAAGGCAGGACGAACGACGUUUGUGGUUUUCUGAAUUUUAGUAGCGGAACAACUGGCCUGCCAAAAGCGGUGAUGCUAUCCCACAAGAAUGUGAUUUCUCAAUGCCAACAGCUGAAGGACGUGGCAGGACCCGAGAAGAAGAGGUUCUUGGCUAGCCUACCCCUGUUCCACAUCAGUGGACUCGUGCGCUUCAUUAACUGGCCUAUCGCCGGUAACGACGAAUGCGUCAUGCUUCCACAAUUCACUAUGGAAGCCUUCCUCAAGGCUAUCGUCAAGUACCAGAUCACGGACCUCACCCUUGUCCCGUCUAUUGUCAUACGGCUAGUACGUGACCCUAUCGUUAAUGAUUACGACAUCUCCUGCGUGAAGCGCAUCGCGUGUGGUGCGGCUCCCCUUGGACAGGAAGUCAUCCAGCUGCUUGAGAAGAAGAUGCCGUGGACAGGGUUCAGGCAAAGCUACGGUAUGACGGAGUCAUGCUGCUGUCUCACAACUCACCCACCUGAAUUCUACAGCUACGAAUAUGCCAACAAUGGGGGGAUGCUUCUGGGCUCGACAAGAGUGAAAGUCAUCGACGUGGAUACAGGUAAAGAGCGAGGGCCAAACGAAAUAGGCGAAAUCCUGGCCAGCGGCCCACAGAUUGCAAUGGGCUAUCUCGCAAAUCCAAGAGAAUCGGCCGAGACCUUUGGUGCGGACGGCUUUCUACAUACAGGGGAUAUCGGCAGUAUCGAUGACCAAGGCUUCAUCCAUAUCGUUGACCGAAUCAAGGAGAUGAUCAAGGUCAAAGGCCAACAGGUCGCACCGGCCGAGCUAGAGCAUCUCUUACUAGGCCACCCUGAUGUUGACGAUUGCGCCGUGCUAGGGGUACCUGAUGAUUACAGUGCCGAACGGCCGAAGGCAUAUGUUGUGCUGAAGCGCACUGUGGAGCCCAGUGACGGUGUCGGGAGGAAACUAAUCCAGUAUGUGAAAGAGAGACGAGUGCGCUAUAAAUGGGUGAAGGAGAUCGAGUUUAUCGCCGAGAUACCGAAAAGCCCAAGUAGCAAGAUCCUGAGGAGAGUGUUGCGCGACAAAGAGAAAAGAGGGGAGAAGGGACAUGUUGUCAAGGAUGUUUCAGACUGGGCGAAACUGUAA